AUGGCAACAUGUACUCAAACGAAGGCCGCCAUACAGCCAUCUGUGGCUCUUACCACAAUCGACUCUAGUUCACGACAGUCACUGGAAUACAGCAACGCCAACCAAUCUACCGAUUCCGAUGAUGAGGCUCCACGAAUGUCUCUCCUCCGCAAGCUGGCGGUUAUUAUACAGCUCUCAGGUGUCAACUUCGCUUCGAGCGCUGUGAACGGCCUUGUCGUCGUCGGCUUACCUACCAUCACCGCUGAUCUCAAAUUGGAUCCGUCACUGGCUUUUUGGCCAACCUCAGUCUCCAGCUUGGCAAAUGCUUCCACAAUCCUGCUUGCUGGCUCUGUAGCAGACUCAAUAGGGCCACGGCCUGUCAAUCUUGCUGGUGGUUUAGUGACGGGUGCAUUUAUACUAGCGGCAGGUGCGUCUAAAACAGGCCCUCAACUCAUUGUGAUGCGUGCCUUGCAGGGUAUCGGCUACGCCAUGCACCUAGUAUCCCAGCCAUUGGGUUUCUCGUUCGGCCUGGUUCUGGGAGGCAUCCUCCAAGAUCUCAUUGGCUGGAGGGCAGCCUGGUACAUAUACGGAGGCCUGACCCUUGCCCUCUCUGUUGUCGCCGCUUGGGCCUUGCCGAACUUUCAGAAUGAAGGAACCUUCAAGGGUGCUAUGCGCAAUUUGAAAGUGCGAGUGGAUUGGGUUGGGGCAUUACUUGCCUCCGUCUUCAUGACAUUGCUAUCAUACCUCUUUGCUGCCAUCAGUGUGGAUCUUAAUAGAAUACGAGACCCAAAAAGUAUCGUGUUCAUUUGCUUAAUCGCCAUGGCACUGCCCUUGUUUGUUGUCUGGGUUCACCGACAGGUCAAACUGGGUAAACCAGCCCUCAUUCCGAAUGCUCUAUGGAAAGACACGGCAUUUUCUAGCAUUUGUGGUACAGUAGCUCUUUCGUUUGGCGUGACGACGGCAAUGGAGCUUUUCGCCAGUUUAUUUUUCCAAGAAGUCCAGCACCUUUCUCCUCUUCAGACUGGCCUUAGAAUUAUGCCAAGUCUCCUUGUGGGAGUUAUUCUUAACGUCACUACAGGGUUAUUCGUCCACAGAGUGCCUGCGCUGUGGAUCGUGACUGUGUCUUCCAUCAUUUGUUCAGUAGCCCCCCUUCUAAUGGCAGUAAUUAAAGUGCAAUCCCCGUACUGGGCCAAUGCCUUUAUUGCACAGGUGCUGGCACCUAUGAGCACCGAUGUUCUCUUCACAGCCCUCACCUUGGGCAUAAUGCAAAUUGUCUCAACACUUGUGACAAAGGAUCACAGCGACAAGAUCCUGCCAAUGGCUAGGCUGGAGGGCUUGAGAGCUAGCUUUUGGACCAUGUUUGGUUUCAUGAUGUUAUGCACUUUGUGGGGUGCAAUUGGCCUACGAAAUACGGGAAGAGUUGGAUUAAAGCGUGAUUAG